AUGGUGCCACGUGAACCUUUGACAUUGCAAAUUCUAGUAUGUUUUUUCUCUGCAAAAUUAUCGAAAUGAAAUAAAAUUUUUUAAAAUUUUCAGUGUAACCGAAAAGUGAUGGGUCAACUAACGGAUAUAUAUUUGAGACGAGUAUUGAAGGAACCAGAACUACCAACACUCAAUGCAUUGUUUUUUUGUCAAAUUGUAUAUACAGCAGCGAACAAAACAAUAUCCCCUCCCUAUUUUCAGGUGAAAACAAACACAUGUUUUUAAAAAACUCGUUUCUGACCAGUAAAAUGUGAUGGACCUUUCUCAAAAUCAAAAGUUGACCCGGAUUAGUUCUUUAGUGGACCAAAAAUUUUUAAUUUUGAGAAAGGUCCAUCACAUUUUACUGGUCAGAAACGAGCUUUACCAUAUGUAGGGAGGGGAUAUUGUUUUGUUCGCUGCUGUAAUGUUACUUUCAGCUUUUUUAAAGACACAAGAACACCACAAAGUGUUAUGCGAUUACUACAGAAGUUUGUUACGCGAAAUAGAUUAUACAGAUUUUCCAUCUCUUAAAAAAGACAACACUUUUGAUGUUAGGGAAAUUGCCAUGUUUAUGGAGGAAAUGAAGCGGAAAGGUUGGUCAAUUCAGAUUUUCUUAAAGUUUUAAUCUGAAUUUUUGAGGAUUUCUCGUGGUUAACAGACGGGAAGAACUGCCAGAACAUCUAACCACUUAUCCAUACUACGACGAAGCCAAGUACAGAUCAACUUAAUUUAGUUUAUAAGAGAACUGUUUGAUUUUUUUUAUUUUCUUAACCGUCCUGAAUAAGUUUCACCUAUAAAUUUUAUGAAAUUUCUCGAACUAUUUUCAAAGUGAUCAUAAAUCAGUUUUUUGUUGUUAAUUUUGGGUUAGAUUUUUUCUGAACUGUUUAGAUUUUUCAAAUCUUCUAAAACAAAUCCUUUCUAAUCUUAAAUAAGAAUAGUUCUGCACCUGCAUUUUUUCCAAAGGCCAAGCCAUGCUAAUCCCACGGACCGACGAACUGUACGCUCCUCCCACUUUUCUUGGUCGAUGGGGGGUCGGGUCCGAAAAAAAGCGAGCCGCACUUGCCAGAAGGCAAUAGCUCAGUAGGGAGAGCGUGCGCCUUCUAAACCAUAGUUGCUGGUUCGAACCCCGCUACUGCCGAACAGUUUUUUCAUUUUUUUUGUUGCGCGCAUGGCUGAUGAAAAUUUUAAAAUUCAUAUUUGACAUAAAUAAAAAUAUGUUUUUUCUGACAUAUAUUUUUUGAAAACAUACCUGAUUUGUCGAAAACAUAAUCUGGAGAAUUUCCUAAACCUUUUCAAGACUGUUAAUUGAGAAAGUAUACGACAAAGUAGAUUUUUCAAAAACAUGAACAUUUAUUGAGAAGCAUAAUAGAUUUUAUUAAAUAUUUAUUGAAAAAUUUUCAUCCGAUGAUGGUCUGAGACAGCCGAUUGUCGCAAAUAGCGGUGGUUGUCAGGUUCUCCGGUGAAAUAAUGUCCUAUAAAAAUAUGUUGAAAUACAUUCUCAUGCAAAAGAUAAAGAUAUAUUUCAAGAUUUUUCAACUUAUAAGUAAUAACUGUAAAUAAUCGAAACAUAACUAAUUUGAUAUUGAUUAUAUCAGGCUAUUUCCAAAUCAUUAUGAAAAGCUAAGAAAAAAAAUCAGAUGUUUUCAAACUUCUACAUAUUUUACUUCCACAAGACAUAAUAAAACUUUCUCCUUGUCCAUCGUGGAAAUUUUCAGAAAAUUGAGUCAUAACCAUCUAAAAGAAGAUAUAGUUGACAAAAUUUCAAAAAUUCCAUCGAAAAUUGGAGGAAAUGAAUGAAAAAAAAGAAAAUUUCAGGUUUUUUCUUCAAAAAUUAUCAAAAUCCCAAAUUUCAUAACUCAAGGGUAGAAAAUGCAUAGAAUCGAAACAUAAUUAGUUAGAAAAGGCUUUAUUAAUGCUAAAUACAAAGUUUCAUCGAAAAUUGUGAAGUACGAGUCAAGGAAAUAGAAAAUUUCUGUUUUCACCAGGUUUCCACCUCUGAAAUCAACAAAAAUCGAAAUUUCAACGUCGGAAGUGAACAUUUUCGAAAAAACGAAACAUAACUAGUUUAAUCAGGCUCUAUUAAUGCUAAAUACAAAGUUUCAUCGAAAAUUGUGAAGUACGAGUUAAGGAAAUAGAAAAUUUCUGCUUUCACACGAUUUUCGCGUCAAAACUCAUCAAAAACCAAAUUUUUUCAUUUCAACAGCGAAAUUUCCCAAUAAACGAAACAUAACUAGUUCGAUAAUGCUAUGUUCAAGCUAUUUACAAAGUUUCAUCGAAAAUUAUGAAGUACGAGUCAGGAAAAUAGAAAAUUUCUGCUUUUCCACGAUUUUUUCCUCCAAAAUCAUCAAAAACCAAAAUUUUUCAUUUCAACAGCGAAAUUUCCCAAAAAACGAAACAUAACUAGUUUGAUAAUGGUAUGCUCAAGCUAUUUACAAAGUUUCAUCGAAAAUUGUGAAGUACGAGUCAGGAAAAUAGAAAUUUUCUGACCUCACUCAUCAGUUUCACAGAAAAGUGCUUCGAUUUUCAAUUUAUGCGCUAUUUUCAGACAAAAAUCAAUAUUAUUCGGAUGCAAUAACAUCCUCCGAUACUAGCCUAACAGUCUUCGAGUGAAAUGUAACAUAAUUAGGGCAAAAAAACAAGUGAAGAAAACAAAAACAAAACGAAAAAAAGAAAGUAAAAAAUUUAAAAAAUUUUGUGUGGCGCGUGCAAUCCUGGCACACAUUUUUUUUAGGGGGCGGGGCGUACAGUUCGUCGGUCCGUGAAUCCCGUUCAUCAGCUCGCAAAAACAAAAAGAGUAAUUAUAGACCUUCUCAUUUCUCCACCUCUUAUUAAAUUAUUAUUUUUGAUUUUUAUAAUUUUUCAGCUUUUUCCCUAUUUCUAGUAUUUACAAUUAGUUUUUGGUCAAAACAAAAAUUUUCUCUUAUAGUUUUUCUAAAUUUAUUUCAUUUAUUUUUGAAGUUACGUGAGCUUUUGAGAAAUUCAACUGCAUUUAUUAUCAAAAGCGCAAGAAUAAAUCCAGAAGGAAAUGGGAUAUUUAGAGUGAAUUAUGAAAUUGAUCCACCAACAAGUAUCGAUGAAUCCGAUGAAUAUAAAGAAUCAAGGUUGACUGAUGCAUUUGCAUUUCUAAAUUCGAAACAAAUAACUAAACAAAAAUAUCUGGAAAUUGUGGAAAGUCUUGGGAAAUUGAAUGAUGAAAAUCAACAAAUUCUUGAUUCACAAAAGCAAAUUUUAGAAAUUGGAGAUGAAAAAUCGAUUGAAAAAUAUAAAAGCAUUUUCAGGUUAGUGAAGAUUUUAAUAUGUAGGAAAAAUAGUGACAUGUUUUCAGCUCUCGAACAAUGUCUUACCCUAAGUUCGCCUGUAAAUCAAGAGUAUAAACUGUUUUAUUCACUAUGAUCUGGGACGUGCUUCAUGAUAAUUGAAAUAUUUUUUUUUCCAAAUUAUUUUUUGGUCUGUGCUCCUCUAGCCUCAAAAAAACCCUUUAUAUUCAAAAAGAGCCAAAAUUUUUCGAUUUCGCAAUCCUAUUUUCAAAAAAUAUUUUUCUUCCCCUUUUUCUAUGUCUUUGCAGGUGUGAAACAAUGGAGAAAUAGUGUGAAAAUGAGGAGACAUUAGAGAAUUAGAGAUAUUUUUGAAAAGGCAGAAAACUCAGAGAUUCGCUGGCCAGCUCGCCACCAGAUCGUUGCGGCCACCUGAAAACCGCAUGGACACCAGGUCGCCUUGAGGUUUCCAGCGAUGUGGCCUGUGUGUUUGAAAAAUCCUGGAAAGCUGGCAAAACGCCGGUUUGUACUCAAAACACUGCAUUUUCCACUGUUUUUUUCAAUUCCUAAGGUUUCGUGCUGAGAAAAAACAGAAAAUGAGCCAAUUUCUUCGAAAAUACCUCAUUUCACCAGUUUUUCAUACAUUUUCAUGAAAAUUCAUGGUAGCCAUGUGGGCUUGACUUAGCCAGAGCCUGGCCACGUUUCCAGGUCAGCCAGCCUCCCCACCUGGUGGCGAGCUGGCCAGCGGAUCUCUGAAUGUGAGAACAGAUGCAUUAAUUGUAUUGGUUACUGUAGUGAGAAUAUCGAAAAUAGAAUAGUUUUUGAUAUUUUUUUGGCUUUUUUUAUAUGAAUUAUCAAAUGUAAAAAACCGUUUUCAAAGAAGAUUUGCUCAAUUUUUGUUUUUUUACAUUUUGAACAAAUGUAUAUUCUCGAUCAAAAUUCUUCCAUUUCGCAAUCCUAUUUUUUGAAAAAUUUCAAAAAAAAAAAAUAAAAUUACUACGACACUCCACCUGCCUGUUGUUUACCCUCCUCUCUCUCUUUCUUUUCUCUCUCUACUUCUUACACAAUCUCUCUCUCAUAUCUCAAUUUCCCCUUUUAUUUUUGUUUAUUUUUUUUACCUUAAAGUCCCUGUGAAAAGUUUCCUGUUUUCUAAAAACCCUUCAUUUUCUGAAAAAUCCUCUUUUUCCAAGCAGAGCCAAAAUUAUUCGAUCAUCUUUUCAAAAAUAAUUUUCUCCCCUUUUUCCAUGUCUUUGCGAGUCUGAAAUAAUGGAGAAAUAGUGUGAAAAGGAGGAGACAUCAGACGACUAGAGACAUUGAAAUUGUUUGAAAUUGUGAAUCAUUCUAUUUUUCAGCAAAAAAUAAUAUGGAUGAUAAAACUGUGAGAUUUUUAUGUAGGUACAUUCUCAGAGGCCGUGCAAUACUAAUCCCUUCCACCCACUCGCAGUAAUUAUACACCUUCUCAUUUUUCAACCUCUUAUUAUUGAUUUUUAUAAUUUUUCAGCUUUUCCCCUUCUUCAAAUUCAAAAAUGGAGUCAAAAGAAGCUCUGCCAUUGCAAAUCAUAGUAAGUUUUUUUUCGAAAUCAAAUCAAUUUUUUUUUAAUUUUCAGUGUAACGCAAAAAUGAUGUUUCAACUAGUGGAUGUAUAUUUGAGGCGAGUAUUGAUGGAACCAGAACUUCCAACUCGCGAGACAUUGUUUGUUUGUGAAACUGUACAUAAGCUCACGUUUAACGCAAAGACACGAGAAAAUUACGGAUUCUUAUGCGAAUGGUACAAAAGUUUCUUGCGCGAAAUAGACUAUACAGAUUUUCCAUCUAUCAGAGAAGACAACACAUUUGAUGUUAGAGAAAUGGCCAUGUUUAUGAGGGAAAUGAAUCAAAAAGGUUGGUCUGAUUUUCGGAUUUUCUAAAAAAUUUGACGAUUUUUGAUACAUUUUGAACUUUUUUUUGGAAUUGAAGUUUUAAUUUAAUUUUUUUCAGGGUUCGUCGUGUAUAACAAACGGGAAGAACUGCCAAAACAUCUAACCACUCUUGCGUUUUAUAUUCAACGCACUUAA